AAAGUGGGUUCUGGAGGACACAGAAGAAGAAAGAGGAGGAGGCGAGAGGGAAGGGACCCACUCCCUCGUCCCCUUUUUCUAUGGAGAGAGAAGCCUUGGACGGUCAGCCCCCUUUUGUCUGUGUUAAUUAGUUCUAUGUACAGCGCUGUGUACAUUGACAGUGCUAUAGGAAGAAAGCUUAGUACUAAGAAGGUCUAGGAUGGGGGAGACCUGGCUGAACGAGGCUUAUGCGCCUGGAAGGGAUCUGGGAGUCCCAGUGGGCCACCAGUUGAACGAGAAUCUGGCAAAAAUUGGAAAAUAAAUCUUCUUUAUCUCUUUGGAAUCUGCCUGUGAGCAGCAGUCAAAAAUGCAAAGACAAGACUUCACUGGGCAGGAACUGGGAAAAAUCCCUACUACCAUUAAGGUAGAAAGCAAUGGAGCAUUCUGGGAAAGAACCAGACCAAGGACCCUUGGGGAAGAUAAGUUCCUUUCAGAAGGACAGCGCCAACGCUUCAGGCAAUUCUGCUAUAAGGAGACGGAGGGGCCUCGAGAGGCCUGUAGCCAACUGCACAGUCUCUGCCAUCAGUGGCUGAAGCCAGAGAGGCACACGAAGGCUGAAAUCCUGGACCUGGUGGUGCUGGAGCAGUUCCUGAGCAUCCUUCCUCAAGAGAUGGAGAGCUGGGUGAGGGAAUGUGGAGCAGAGACCAGUUCCCAGGCGGUGGCCCUGGCAGAGGGCUUCCUCCUGAGUCAGGCGGAAGAGGUGAAACGGGAGGAGCAGCAGGACUUGUCUGUGGAAGAGACAGCUGAAGUGGAGAUGUGUCCUUUUGAGUCCAAGUGGAUUAAGCAGGACAUGGAGGGUAUUUCUGUUUCAGAGGGAGAUGGAGUAAGGAGACAGCCAACACAUACUGGCUCAUCUCCUGACUGUGAUGCUCUUGAAUCAGCCUCAGUCAGCCUGGAUCAGGUAACCUUUGAAGAGAUUGCUGUGUACUUUACUGAAGAAGAGUGGACUCUGCUGGAACCAGGCCAAAGGGUCCUUCAUACAGAAGUAAUGGCAGAGAUUUUGCGGCUUGUGUGCUCUCUAUAUGAUAUUGAGCAAAUAGAUGAGAAUGAGGAGGCACCACAUAGGCUGUGGUCCAAAGCAGCCAGAAAUAAACAGAUGGAAGAAAAUGGCAAAAGCAGUGGCCCUAAAACAAAGAGGAGGAACAGAGCAUCUGGUUUUCAAGGUUUUGAUUUCUGUGGAAUCACAGUGCAAGAAACAAUGCAUAAAGUGAAGCAAAGGAAGAAAUGCAUUUGUCUCUUCUGUGGGAGAAGAUUCAGUUGUAGACAAAGCCUUAAUUGUCACACAAAAACUCACACAAGAGGAAAACCAUUUAAAUGCUUGACAUGUGGAAAGGGUUUCAAUCACAAAAUAAACCUCAAUUAUCAUAAAGCAUCUCAUACAGGAAAGAAACUAUUUAAAUGCCUGAAGUAUGGGAAAAGUUUCAGUCACAAACCAUGUCUCCCAUAUCAAAGAAUUCGUGCAGGGAAGAAACAGUUAAAAUCCUGGGAGUGUGGAAAGAGCUUCUGUCAGAAGAUGUCGCACCUCAUUUAUCAUCAAGUAACUCAAAGAGGAGAGAAACCAUUUAAAUACUUGGAGUGUGGAAAGAGUCUUGAUCAGAAAACAAGCCUCACUUCUCAUCUAAGAAUUCAUAUAGAGGAAAAACCCUUUAAGUGCUUGGAGUGUGGAAAGAGCUUCUGGUGGAAGACACAUCUCAGUAAUCAUCAAGUAACUCAUAGAGAGGAGAAACCAUUUAAAUGUUUAGAAUGUGGAAAGAGCUUCAGUCAGAAGACACACCUCAUUUGUCAUCUAAGAAUUCAUACGGGGGAGAAACCCUUUAAAUGCUUGGAAUGUGGAAAGUGUUAUCGUAGAAAGGAUGGCUUAACUUUUCAUCAGAGAAGUCAUACAGGGGAGGAAAAACCAUUUAAAUGCUUGGAGUGUGGAAAGAGCUUCUAUCGGAAGGGGGAACUAACUUGUCACCACAGAGUUCAUACAGGAGAAAAACCAUUUAAAUGCUUGCAAUGCGGAAAGAGUUAUGAUCAGCUGUCACGCCUUACUUCUCAUCAAAGAGUUCAUACAGGAGAAAAACCAUUUAAAUGCUUGCAAUGUGGAAAAAGUUUCACGCACAAGACAGGCCUCAAUCAUCAUCAAGCAACACACAUAGAGGAGAAACCAUUUAAGUGCUUGGAGUGUGAAAAAAGCUUCCGUUCUAGGACAGACUUCACUCGUCAUCAAAGAGUUCAUACAGGGGAGAGGCCAUUCAAAUGCUUGGAGUGUGGAAAGAGAUUCCUUCGCAAUGUAGACCUCACCUGUCAUCAAAGAAUUCAUACAGGAGAAAGACCAUUUGAGUGCUUAAUGUGUGGAAAGACCUUCAGUCAGAAGGGAGCCUUCAAUUGUCAUCAAAGAGUCCAUACAGGAGAGAAACCAUUUAAAUGCUUGGAGUGUGGAAAGAGCUUUGCUCAGAAGUCAGUCCUCAUUUGUCAUGUAAAAAUUCAUACAGGGGACAAACCAUAUAAAUGCUUGGAGUGCGGAAAGAGCUUCUAUCGGAAGAGUGACUUCACUUGCCAUCUAAGAAUUCAUACAGGGGAAAAGCCAUUUAAAUGCUUGGAAUGUGGUAAGAGUUUUUAUAAGAAGAAACUUCUCACUUACCAUAAAGGAACUCAUACAGGGGAAAAACCAUUUAAAUGCUUGGAGUGUGGAAAGAGCUACUGUCGAAAAGAUAGCUUGACUCUUCAUCAAAGAAGUCAUACAGGAGAGGAGAAACCCUUUAAAUGCUUGGAGUGUGGGAAAUGCUUCACUCAGAAGGCAAACCUCAUUUGCCAUCAAAGGAUUCAUACAGGGGAGACACCAUUUAAAUGCUUGGAGUGUGGAAAGAGCUACACUCAGAAGUCACAUCUCAUUUAUCAUCAGAGAAUCCAUACAGGGGAGAAACCCUUUAAAUGUGUUGUAUAUGGGAAAAGUUUCUAUUGUAGGGCAGACUUCACUCAGCAUAAAUGAAUUAAUACGGGGUGUCUUCCUGUCAUCAUAAAUGCCUUCCCAUCAUCAAAGAAUUCAUAUAGGAGAGAAACCAUUUAAAUGUUUGGAGUAUGGAAAGGACUUCAGUAAGAAGAUACAGCUCAGUUAUCAUAAAGCAUCUCACACAGAGAAAUACCAUUUAAACGUUCAGAGUACUGAAAAACCUCCAGUCAGAAGUCAUACCUCACCCAUCAUCAAAAAAAUCAUAUAAGAGGGAAAUCAUUUAAAAGCUUGGAGAGGGGAAAGAGUUUUAUGCAGAACAUAUAGCUCACUUAUCAACAAGGAACAUACACUGCAGAAUAGCACUUGAGUGUGGGGUAGGCACACUGCAGAACCCAGGGAGCAAGACUACCAGAUAUUCAUCUCUUUUGGAGCUCCUGAGGGCUUCAGCGUGCUGUCCUGGCUGUCAUUUUGGGCUACCAGAAGUGAUACUGCCUUCCUGCAUUUGGGGAAAGCUCUUGCUGCUUUGGGUUGUCAAACAUGCAGAAAACAACUUACCAAGUUUUUAACUUUUUAAAAGUCUUUUUUGGUUUUGGCCAUAAGAUGUGGUGCCAGGGGUGUGGUGUCACUGGAGCCAGUCAGAGUCAUAAAGACCAAGGCUCACAUUUGACCUUUAGGCCACAUGAUUCCCACCACUUAUUUAAAUUCUUGGUGUCCAAAAAAAAAACUUCUUAAGGAAGAUAGACCUAACCAAAGAGGAAGGCCAUUUAAUACCAGGUACUGUAUGUAGAAAAAGCAGUAGUAGGGGAAGCUCACUUAUUUCAUGUAAUGAAAGACCAGCAUUUUAGUCAUUGAGAAGGCUAGUGGUCAAUUUAAAAUACCGGUAUUAUUUUAUUUCCAUUUUAUUUGAAUUGUUGUAAACUAUAAAAAUCUCUUUUAAUGGCAGGUUUUUACAUUUUAAAACAAAUCAUUUUUAAAGUUUUUAUCUUGUGAGAUGCCCUGGGGACCCUUUUUUGGGAGAAAGGGACAUAAAAAUGAAAUAAAUAAAAAUAAAAUCUAAAUAAAGGUUAAAUGUCAUUGGAAUAGAAUUACAGUAAGAGACACAUAAGCAUUUCAAGUUUUGGUAUAUUGGAUAGUGCACAAUUAUUAGUAAUCCACAAUUAUUAUUAUUAUUUUUAUUAUUAUUAUCACAAUUAUUUAAUAUUACUCAAUAAAUGAGAGGUAGUAGUUAUUAGAAGCAGACAAUAACAAACAUGGAAUGCCUACUGAGGAUAUUAAGGAACAAAGUACAAAAGCAAAGUUAGAGCUGAAUAUUAGGAAAAGCAAUGACCCUGGAAGAUUUACUUUAAAGCAAGAGCCAUCACUUCUUUAACUAGCUUCAAAACGGAGUUGAAAACCAUCCUGUUCAGAGAAGCCUUCCCAGGCAUUGCAUAAUUGUCGCUUACCAUCUGAUGUUCUUUUAGUGCCUGU